AUGACUAUUUUUCUAGUGUUUCUUAAGUAUAGAUAUAAAUUGUAUAGUGACACGUCAUUAUUAUGUUUAUUUUAAAAAUUUUUGAAUGUAUUUAUUUGCUAGUUUAAGGUUCUGAUUAGUAGAAAUAGCGUGAACAGGUGCAUCAACUUUCAUAACAGAUACACAACUGUUUCUGGCAGUAGACUACACCAACAUUUCUUUUUAUGCACGGGUUAGCGAAUUAAGUUAUUUUUAAAUACGAAACGGACCUAUCUCAGUUCUAUAGUAGCCUGAAAAGUGAGUGCAUUUGCUGCACUGGCUAAUUUUAGGCGUUCGGUUUGCAAUACGAAGAUGGGUAUCACUUUAGUUAAGCAGAGCUAAUACAUUCCAAUCGACAUUUGGAAUGGAAUCACAGCAGCAGUUUUGUCUUAAGUGGAACAGCUUCGGCAGCAACUUGGCCACAGCGUUCGGGAACUUGUUCAAGUCCGAGAGCCUUACAGAUGUCAUUCUGUUCUGUGAAGGCGUCACAUUCAAGGCUCACAGGCUGAUCCUGGCAGCAUGUAGCAAGCACUUCCAGGACCUGUUUGAACGGGCCCCGCUGUGUCCGAGCGUGCUGGUGAUCCUGGACGGCACGUCCUCGGCCAACAUGUCCGCGCUCCUCGAGUUCAUGUACAAGGGGGAGGUGCACGUGUCCCAGGAGAGUCUGUCCAGCUUCCUGAAGGCCGCCGAGUGCCUGCAGGUGAAGGGGCUGUCGGUGGAACACGAGAAGCUGGCCGUGGUGCAGGGCACGGUCGGCCACGACGCACAGCUCGACUCGCCCACCGGCCGCAAGCAGGCCAAGAUCUCCAGCGUGAAGAAGGAAGCCCCCGAGGGCCCGGAGCCCCUGAUGCACCCGUCCACCUCGUCGGGCCCGGGCUACGGCCCCGUCAUCUCCCCGUACAUGCACCCCCCGCACUACCGUCCCGCCUACGAGCAGCGCAUGCCCGCCUCGGCCGCGCUCUACGACGCCGGCCCGCGCAAGCGCCACCACCGCGGCCUGGCGGAGGCCGUGCCGGACGCCAGCAUGCGCGCCUCCGUGCUGCGGGACGGCAGCAAGGCCCGCCCGCCCUCCGAGCCGGAGCUGGCCUACCGUCCCCUGCACCCCGAGACGGAGCCCGCGCCCGAGGGCCGCUACGAGGGGCCCGACCCUGCUUACGACAGAACUGCUGCUGUGGACUCUGAGAGCAGCGCCAAGGCCUCGCUGGAGGGCCGCCACUCCUCCGCGCCGCCCGACCAGGGGAACAGUUGUCCCGAAGAUUUGCGAGUGAACAUGGAACUCUCUACACGACCAGACGAGAUGCACGCAAGCAUUGCUGCACCUUACUCAGAAAAAAGUCCUGAGACAGCACCUGAAAUUAUCCAGACUAAUACUUGGAACUGCGGAGGAUCAAGCGUCAAGAUGUCACCACUGAAAGGAGGCGGAGUCCAGACACAAGAUGGUAAGAAGCUGCAGUGCCCGUUCUGCGAACGCCUGUACGGGUACGAAACCAACCUGCGCGCCCACAUCCGGCAGCGGCACCAGGGGAUCCGCGUGCCGUGCCCGUUCUGCAGCCGGACGUUCACGCGCAACAACACGGUGCGUCGCCACAUCGCGCGCGAGCACAAGGAGGAGUACGGCAUGAAGGCCUUCCAGCCGCCGCCGGUCCACAACCACAACCACCAGUAACCAGUCGUACCAGUCGUACCGCAUACCGCCAGGAUAGUAACAGAAAUACCUCACACGAUCUUAUACUAUACUAUACUAUACUAUACAGUAAUACGGAUAGAGAAUACGAAUAUUAUACACUAAUGUACAAGAGAUAAUGUUUAUUAUUAUUAUUAUUAUUAUGUACGAUGACAUUUUUAUGUUGCCUUUGGUCUUUUUUUUUUUUUUUUAAAGACAUUUUUGUGUUCCAUGUUGUCUGCAUCAAUCUUCAUUUCUAGCUCUCUUGUAGCGUAAGAUUGUCGGUUAGAAUUUAAGUUUUUUUUUUCUUUUUUUUUUAAUAAUUAUGAUGACUCGGUUGAUCAACAGAGUCAUUUAUGAGAAAAUGCUUCUGUGAAUUUGUCUCUCAUGCAACUGGUGGUUAGUUCAUUCCCCGGUUCGAUUGCAGGCCGGGAGAAUUACAGAAGGGAAAAACAUAACGACAAAAGGUAGUAAAAUUGUGUGGAUGUGAAAGUUUUUUUCUUUACUAAAGUGUUGACUGGGAUUGCUUAAAACAUAACUGUUGCUGUCUGUACUUAGCAUUGCGUAAAAUUUGUCACCAGUUGAAUGUGAUUUUUGUGUGUUUGACGGAUCAAUCGUUACUUGAUGUUAUAAGUGUUCUGCGUGGUGUUACAUUUAAAAAGCAUGCAAUAUAUUAGAAGGGAAAUAAUUUGGUGUGGAGUGACAUGAGUGCUUCACAUUCCUACCAUGACUUUCUCUCCUGGCAUGGAGAUGGACAGGUCACAAGGAAAUAAUAGUUACUUUACCUUCCCGUUAGCUAGCUAGUCACACAUCUCAGGUAUCAGAUUAAGUUAACCGACACAUAGUCUCGUCCGUGCCAAACUGCACAAUGCAGUGUACAUUAUACAUUAUACAGUUCCAUAGUCCGUUAUAUCACUGUUAACCUGACACAUUUUACAUGUGCCAGGUCACAUUUUGUUGUGCUGUUGUUUUUUUACAUUCAAAUGUUUUAUAUUUGCUGUCUGCUCCUAGUCAAUGUAAACUGUGCCCUCCUGUCCGUACCAGUUAGUAUAGCUAUACAUAUAUUCAUAUACACAUAUAUAUUUGUCAAUAGUUGAAGCAUAUAGUUGUCACAUUAUUUAUUAAUUAACAGUAUUUGUAAAUCACCAGUGUGAACCAGAUCUGAUGAACAUUACAUUAAUUUUUUUGUUAUUAUUUCUCUGGGUAACUACGAGAUGCAAACCGUUAUUCAUUCAUAAUCUUUCUUUAAAACUGCAUUUCUAUCACAUAUUUUGUACCAUUUUAAUAUUUUUGUCCUACUAUAUAAAUGCCAUGUCUUACACGAGACAAGAUUGUUUAUUAAGCUGGGAGAUUUAUUCCUAUGCAAAUCUCAGGUAGAUUGAACGUUGGAAGUUGUCAUGAAAUUUAGGUUAGAACAAGUGUUUUUGUUUUCAAGUAACUUUUUAUUACUACUUUAAAUUUUAAUAUUGUUUUUACUUUUCAUUACAUUUUUGUUGCUUGAUGGAAUAUUUUGUUAUUGUUGAUUAGGUAGUGAAGGAGUGGAUCUAGCGUGUUCCAUGUGCACGUGGUGUUACUCAGUUGUCAAAACUGACUGUGGCAAAUGUUUUGUGUGUUUUUGUGUUGUUUAAUAAGAUUUUAUAUCAUGUGCAAGUUUCCUUUGCAAGUAGUGCUUGCGUUCGGAAGUUGUUUUUUGCGCCGUGCAAACCAUGCUCCGUUGACCGGAGAAAAGUACCUUAGUACAUCGCACGUGCGCUUGUAGAUAAGUUCCCUGCAUGUGGGGUUGGAAAUUGGUGUAUGGUUUCUUUUUGCACUUCUUAGUGUAUUCAAUUUUUUGUUAAAAAAAAUUCAUUAGAUGAAGUUUUUUAUGUAUGUGUUUUAAUCUUAUAAUAUUGUUUUGGGCAGACGGUUAGUUUUAACAGUAGUUUUUAAGGUCGUGGUUGUAUUUAGCACAACUUUGAUCAUGUAAUUUAUUUACGUACUAACAUUUUGUGAGUAUUGUUUUUUUAAGUUUGUGUUAAACAUUCACCGUAGAUGUUGAUUUUUGUACGCACUUUGUGCUGGACUACUAAACGGGUAAAAUAGAUUCAUAUUUAAUUAUUUUCUGCACUCGCGUCAGCCUGUGCUGCCGGUGUGCUAUACAGUGUUAACAGAAGUACAAAUGACCCUGUCAUUGCAAUUUGUGUAGGAACUCUUAAUCGUAGUUACAGUAUCGAGAAGCUGUCUAAUUGUGGCUUGGGUUUACAUUGCUUCCACCCCAGUUGAUUGGAAGAGGAACGCAGCUACCACGGUGCGUGCUGUUUCGUUUUGCUUCUCCGCGGUUGGCUCGGUGUCAAGGCGUGGGUAGGAGCUGUUUGCCCGCCUCAGAUAUAAUUAUCCAGAUCUUGUAAGUGAGGAAUCUUUGUGUAAUGUUGUUGCUGUGGAGAGUCUUCGUUUCCUGCUUACGUUUCAAAAAAGUUAAUGUAAGGAGCUUGAAAACGAAUGGUUUUGGUUCAUGCUUGUUAAUUGUUUGGGGGGAAAAAAAAUAUUUGCUUGCGUACAUUUCGAGCUGCGGCAUAGUCACAAUUGACACUGCUUGGAUGGAAAACAAGAAACAGGAGAUUUCUUCAUUUAUUGUUGGAACUAUAAAACUGUUUUGAGUACGGAGUGUUAAAUGUGAGUGCUAUUUUGAGAUUUGUUGUACUUUUGUGUUAUAUCGUAUAAGUGAUGUUUACCUCUUUGUCGAGCAUACUGCCAUCUCGUUGGGUCGGAAGCUUGUUACCGGAGAGUUUGUCAUUGUUACUGGUUGUUCUUCAGAUGUUUGUGGAGUUGUUUUACACUCGUUGCAGCAAAAAGUUUUAAUUUUAUUUGCCAUAGUGCCCAACCAACCCUCAAGUAAAAUAUUUUAACCUCUUGAGUCAGUGAAUUUCUUGUUUGUUUUAUCAAAGUGGUGUGAACUAGGCAGUUUUUCUUGGUUGUGAAUCAAGUUAUUUGUGAACUUUGAUGGUUUUUCCUCUGGGUGCAGAGUGCCGUGAUUGUCCGUGAUGGCGAGGCUCCCAGGCGCGGCUCGUGUCGGCAUCCGCGCUCUUGCGAGAGCGGUUGCCGUUCGCAACCGGCACCAGCCACGCGUCACCGCACAAUCACUGCCAUUUACAACUCUGCAAACUUAUAUUCAUUUAAAGUACAUUUCUGUAGUUCUGGCUUUUAAUUUAAAAGUUACUCUCUGCAUGAUGUAGAGACAUCAUUUGUUGCAACACAUCCACAAAUGUUGGGUUUUUCUCUUUUGGCUUGUGAUUUUACUAAAAGUAUGUAAUUUAAUUUAUGAAAGAUGAAAUUUUAGGGACUUACGUACAUGCAUGGGAACCUCUAUUUUGCACUUGCUUUAAUGACUCUGAUAUACAUACUCACGCCCUAUGUUUACAAAGCAUUGCAGUGUUGCUAUUGCCACUGCAAGACCCUCAUUCGUACUCACCUGUGUCCAGCAACUUGCUCUGGCCUGGUGUGCAUGUCCUUUCAGACCAUAUUAGCUUCUGAUUAUGACCACAAUGUGUAAUAUAACUUGCACACCCUUUUUUUUAAAUAUAAUUUAUCAAUUAUUCUGUUGUUCCCAAGAAAUGCAUGUGUUUGCCUUCAUUCACACCAUUCCCGUUAUUUAAUUUUGAUCUGCAUACCUUAUUUGCCAAGAGAAAUUUGCAAAAUUUUGAUAAAGUUGAUAUAAUUUUGUUCAAUUAUUAUAUAUCUAUUUUUGUUUUUCUCAUUGGUAUGUUUGGAAUUUCUCUCGGUAAAAACAUGCCCUUAUGGGACUUAUCCUUAAAGUACAAAAUGGCUUGUGGAGACCAGAUCUGCUUCUAUGCCUCCCGGGGCUGCUCAAUUUGUAUUGGCUUUAAUACCGUUUGAUGUGUGAGAUCAAGUUUGAAAUUUAGAUAUCCGUUUGCUGGGACAAACAAGCACCCAUGCUUACUAUUUUGUGUGGUCAUUUUUAGUGCUUGGUCGAUUCUGAUUCCAUUACUCCCAAUGGUAUGGGCAGACUCAGAAUCCAACAUUAAAGUCUUAAAAUCCAGAGAUUCAUAUUAUAUCAAUAGUGUUACAUAUUUUAUUAAUCAAUUAGAAUUUUCUCUUAAUCUGAUUUUCAAUUUAUUGGGUGUAUGGUCAAUUUUAAUGGGAAUUGUGUUCAAUUUAAUGAGUUUUGUUAAUUUAUCAGGGUUUUUUUUUAUCAAUUAAUCAUGGAUUGUACAGUUAGUAAGGAAUCCCUCCAGCCAGCCAUGGAUUCUUAUUUGGACAUUAGGGUGCUCUUUUUGGUGAAAGCAGUACUUUAUUUAAUUAUAUAACAGUGGAAGCUCAAAUUCUCAAUUUAUUAAAUAUUGAUAAUAUUGUAAUAUAAUUUAGUUAAAAAUUUUGAUUGUUAGUAUUAUCAACGUAGCAUUUUAUUUUAAGUAAAGUUAUUGUACAGAAUUAUCAUUUUCUAAGUGGUGUUAUAGCGAGAUUAUUCCCUGCUUUAAAUUAAAUCACCAACUACAUUUUUGUUCCUGCUAAUUUAUGUAAUCUAGUGUAAUUUAAGUUACUUUCAUUUUCGUUAACUAUAUUAUCAAAAAAAUUACAAUGAUUUUAAUUUUAAUAUCAAAACAGAAACAGUGCUGACACAAAAUAUUUUAUUUUGGGACUCUAGGUAAUUACCUAAAUAUCUAGUGCUCUUUAUUUAUAAAUCAUUAUUUGAAUGAAAACAUAAUCUGUUAUUACAUUUGUAAAAUAAUAAUAAAUGUGUUUUGUAUUUGAGUGUUUAAUUCAGGAGUUGGGUAAGCAUGACUUAAGGAGUAUGGAAUCCGAAUUUUGAUUAAAAUAUAAAACUGUAAUCCCAAAUAUGAGAAUUGAAACUGCAAUUGGAAUUGGAAUGUUUUUGGAAUCAACCCGACACUAAUUACUUUGUUUUGAAGAUAGAAGUGUAGACAUUAUUAUGUAUGUAAAUACAUCAAACGUGCAAGGAAUGAAAUAUUCUCCAUGUAUUUGUACAGAGCCACUGUUAAAUCCUUCUCGAGUUAUUCUGGUUUUCUCCAUGCUUCAUUUGUGUUUCCAUCAAAGCUCUUGCGUAUCAUUGUUGGUGGGUUGCAACUACUUGUGGCUGUGUGUGUGUUCGUGUACAAAUUCUUUGACAUGGGUCUUACAAUGCAGUAUUACAACGGCAUUGUCGAGUAGCUUAAAGCUUUCUCUAAGGGUAUUGGCUGGUGUUUGUCUGUUUGCAAUAGUUUUUAGUUUAGAUGUUACUGACAUGUGAAAGAUUCCACAAACACUUGCUCCAUGAUUUACCUCAUUGAUUUUUAUUUAUAGUCUGCCAACGAGGCAGGUGCAAAAGUGCAGUUACCUACCUCACAUAUGCACACUAUUGCACUUUUGUGUUUGUCUUGUGUGGAGUCAUUGUGCAAACAUUACAUUACUCUCGCAAAGAGAUUUUACAUCACAGUGUGUGUAUAUACGAAGACAUGUUCAAUGUAUUUUUAUAUUUUGUGUUUUAAGUAAGUCGUGUGUUUCCUGUCCCAUCGAGGGUUUCCAAGCAACCCUCCCCACCUUAGUACAAAUCAGAAACUGCCUUAAUUUGCGAACACAGUCGACCGAACCUUUUCGUACGACGUCUGUUUCUCGAAUCUCCUCUUUUAUUUCAACAUGGCAGUUAUAACUUUAUGUUAGUUUCUAGCUGUGUUAUCGACUCAGGUAAUUUUUCACCGCUCACAAGUACAAUAGUAAUAAGUUUAAUUAUACAUACCGAACUACCUCAUGUUACAGAACACUAGUAUUACGCUGAAGGUCGCUGUGCCUCCUGCAGCGACAAGCUGCCCGACAAGCGGAGGUUUGCGUUUGUGGAAUGUUUUUCAUAACUGCUGAUGGUGUACUGUGUUCCUCUUCUCCGUCGUCGUCGAACCAUCUCGCUCUAACGAUACACGUAUGGCAUAACUUAGUACAAAUUUUUUUAAAAUCAAAUGAUUUCAAGCUCUGGACGUGUCUUUGCAGCGAAGAUGGUUCUGUGAGAGCCGACUUGCGUACGUUGGCUCGGCGGCGACCGGCGUUGGAUCGCCGCCGCUUCGUGCGCGCUCGAGUGUUUGGUGUGCUUCUGCCCUCGGACGUCAGCCGGACGAGGAUCUCGACAAACUGAAGGGGAAACAAAAACUUUUAAGAAAAAUACAAAUAAAAAUUGUGUAUGAUAUGCAGAUGUCAAAUUUUUCUGAGAAAGUACAAGAAUUUGCUGUACAAAUUAAGCAUACAUAGUAACUUGAAAUGUUUGUGUGUGCAUGUGGUUUCUCUUUGCUUUCGUGAACCCUGGCCUUAAGGCCGCUCUGCCAGGAUUUGAGGGUAACCAUGUAAUAACUAUUUGACCUGUUACGUAUAUGUCAUGUGUCAUUUGUUCUGGUUUAAUUGUGACAGUGUGUCAGUUGCUAUGGCGUUCAGUAUAUUGCAAACCAUUCCUGCUGUUUUUAAUAUUGCAUUUAUGCAUGAUUGUCAGUGGUCAGGUCCCGACAGAGCGUCCUAGCUUCCUUGCCAUCUUUCUCUUUGCUGUCCUUCAUCUUUGUCUCUGUGGGUCGUUGCUGUUGAUCGUGAGACAGUGGCUAGCUGUGGGAGACGUGCAUGUCUGUGUAGGUGUAUAUGUGUCUCUCACUUUCUUGGAGUGCCAGCUCACGUGUAAUCACUUGCAGCAUUGCCCCAUCCACGAGUGAUUGCAACUCAAGUCAUGUUUAAUCAUCUGUGUAAAUGACAACUUUUUAUAAUGCUAUUUUUAGUUAUAAUUAUCUGUAUAAAUGUGUUCUUUUAUUGUUUAAAAGAUUUAUGUCUUAUAUUUUAUGGGCUACUAUUUUUAGGAAACGUAAUUGAUUUUGUGAAUAAUAAUAUUAUGAUAUUAAAGAAAUUAGAAAUGUUUCACGUAUAGCCACAAAAAGUGUUUUUCUCAAAACAAUGGAAUGUGCAUGGCAAAAAAUUGAAGAUUUUUUCCCAGUAAGGCUUUGCACGCUGAAAAAAUAUUUUUGCAGCUACGAAAGUUAUUGCGUGCUAGUUUAGACUCGGUGGCCAGUGUUUAAGCAACGCCGGUACAUUGCGAGGAUGUCGUUCCAUGCUUCAAGUUUGCGAUGCACUCAUUGUGGUCGUGUCUAUGUCAAGAUACUUGUACUUAGAGAUGAAUAAAAAUUUAAAAUGUGGCAAAAAAAAAAUGAAGUGUUGAAUGAUGAUGCACUUCACUAGUACAAUAUUCGAGGUGUUGCAUUAAAGCUUGGACUUGUUGGCGGAGCGAGGUGUGGUGUCAGUGUCUCACGGUGUGAUGUAAGUAUUGUUAUUUGUGCAGUUUCUUGCUAGCUCACUUUGAACGUAAUACCUCGAUUGGAUAUAUACGUAAGCUGCCACGCUUUUCCUCCGUGCUCGGGUGUCCUUGACCGUCGGGAGCGAGUUGUGCUUCGUCGAGCAGAGAUGCCGCUCGGUUAACUUACUGGGGCAAACAUGCGAGUCAAGUCAUCAGAAGUAGAUUAGAACUGUCAUUGCGCUGAUGAUGGGCACGUGUCUGUAGAAUGGCACUCAUCAUGGGUGUGAUGGUGGACAGUUUUCAGGCCUCCCCAAUCCAAAUUGUUGGGACAUGAAUAGAAUUUAAAUAUUUAUUUUUAGUAUCAACUUUACUUGAUAAGUUUAUUUUACGUUUGCGAGAGUAGGGACACAGCAGCAAGGCUCACUUACUAGCAGCGUCCACCAGUGCAAGACGUGGCAGUGAGAACGAAACUUGUACAAUCUAGUGGAAAAUAUCUGGCAACUGCAGCCCUGAGGGUAGAUGAGACAGAGUGGUUGUUGCACGCGCUAUUGUCCUGUGAGCUCUGGCAGCCGCGACUGGGGAGGCUGCAAGGAACCAAGGAACCUACCCUUAGGCCCGGAGGAAAGGCGUUUCACGUGCAUUUAGUGUGUUCAAAUUAUAGUUGUUCAUCGGUGUCUCGAGCAUGUCUAAGAAACUGUUCAAAUUUAUAUUGACGUAACAAAAAUCCUUGAUGUUUUCAACCAUAGUUAAAAGUUUUAAAAAAUCACGUUUUGGAAUGUUAGUUAUAAAUUUGGUUUCAAGUUUUUGUGUGUUGUGUAUUGUAUGAUGUCUCUAUGCCAUGUAUUUUCAUUGGCAUGUUCAUACAGGAAGGUUUAUUUAUCUGAAAGAGAUGUUUACUGGUUGUUUUUCAUUUUGCAAUAUUUUUGUUUUUAAAAAAAUGUAGCUAGAAACAAGUACUAAUGAAUCGGAUAUUUAAAAAUUUGAGUUACCAUUUGCACAAUAUGAAACCAAUUGUAGUGAUAGUUAAAAACAUAACCUCUCGUUAAGAAUAAGCCUUCUUGUAUGAUUUUACCAUCAAUUUUCAUUUAAGUAUCAUCUAUGCUAUUAAGUAAGGAAACCGUUUUUUAUUAGUACUAUGGUGUUGUAACUGUGAAAUAUCAGGUUUGGCUCAUAAGAAAUAUAACUGGCUUAUUUUGGCUAAAAAUAUGUGUGAUGUUAACACAAAAAGCAACAAAUAUAAUUUGGGCUGGUUGUGAUUUGACGGGGUCGCUGAGGUAGUGGAGGAGACCAGGACAAGCUCAGGGUUGUGGCUUUGUGGCUCCGGGCGGGAGUGGAGGGGCUCGUCAGUUGCCGUUAUUAACAGGGUGGCCACCAGGACAAUGUGUCUGUUAUGUCAAACCCAGACUUUUGAUGAUAUUAGAACUUCAUUUCAAAUUAACAAAUAACCACUAUUGGCAGCAGUUCUGCUUUACUGUGGUUUCCGUCAAAUUUUAUUAAUUCGACCAAGGCCAUAUUGAAAAUUGGCAGCUGAUCACCGAACCGUUAAAUACCUUCAUCGUCCUUGGGCAUUCCCAUCGUCAAUAUGGCAUUAUAAUAUUAUAAUACAUACAAAAGGCACCUAGCUUAUUGAGACAUUUUACGAAAUAUUAAUUUUACCUAAUAAUUUGGUUUUUGUAAUUUUCUAUUGUUUGAAUUUCGUAUACAGCUUCCAACCAAUUUUAUGGUAUGAAUGCCCACAAUCUUCUUUCCUGUUUUAGUUCGUACAUACAAGCUACUACAUUGGAACAUAGUUGUAAUUUGUGAAAAAUGUAAUUUUACCCAAAUGCUGUUCAGAAGAGUUCUUUAUUUCACUGCGCGGUGAUCAAGUUGAGGUGUUUAUCCUUUCUCGUGUAUCAAUAAUUAUGUUACGGUUUUGCAUGGGGAAAAUGUAAGUAAAUUUAUUUCCUAUUACAAAUCGUUAAUUGCUCUAUUAAUACUGAUAAAAAAAUAUUGUCUUACCAUUUACAUGAAGAGAUCAAGGUUUUUUUUUCUCUCUCCUGCCUGAAUAGAUUUAAAGCCCUGGUACAUUAGGAGGUUCUCAGGCGUGACCCUACCUGAUUCUGUACGUGUCGAGAUGGCCAACUUUAAUAUUUUGGGUCAUCAGCAGGCAGCUGGCAGGGCGUGUGGAUUCCCUUCGCCAUUGUUUUGAGAUGUCAUGAAUGACAUAUGCCAAAUCAAAGGUUUAUCUAAUGCACAAAGGUACAGUAAACACUAUUCAGGUUCAUUGAAAAUACAUAUUACACGAAAUAAAACAUAUUAACAAGCAAAGUAUGUAUGUUAAAAACAUGCUCUCUCACUAACUGGCUGGCUGAAAAUGUGUUUGAGAGCAUAACCAACAGGGUUGCAUUCACAUAUUUUUCACUUUUUUAUUCUUUUAUUGUACUUUAUUUAAUUUUGUUAGAAUUUAUAGGUCUUGCAUAUCAAAAAAAAAUUAUUUAUAAAAGGGCAAUGGCAAUUUUACGGAAGCUUCUAUUCACAAAUAAAAAUCUGCGAGUAUUUUCUCUCAUGAAAAUGUACAUAGCCAAUAAAGUUUGGUGGCCACCCUGAUGAAGUAUAUUAUGAAUGAUGCACAGCUAAAAUGUUAGAUAUCAAUUUUGAUUCUUAAAUAUUAAAUACCACAUCCGUCUUAAUAUGUGUUAUGGUUUGAAAUACGAAUAUCACUAUGUCCUCUCUACUAAAUCUUUUAUGUUGUAUUGCCAAUGAGAUUGCUGCAUUAAAACAAACACGUGCUUAAAGAAAUACAUUCUGAUUGUUUCAGGAGUGAGUGAGUAGAAAAGGCUCAAGUCCGGGAUCUGUGCGGUGUUCAUACUCGUUGCUAUCACUGCUGUCAGCCGUGGUCUGUUUUAACCAGAGAGCCACAACCUUUAUGCUUCAUGUCUUGGGAGAUAGAUGCGAGGUCGGCCGAUGUUCGAAAACGUCUCCCGAGCCAGCCCCGGGCCGUCGUCGCGCUGCCGAACACGUAAGACGUAGGGAGCGGCGUGGGCCCGUUCCGUGACACUUCGAGUCCUUAAUCAGUGCGGUAACGUGCAAGUCUGUGAUACAGCAUAGCGCAUGAUGCGUGAUUUGUAAAAUGACGACACAGAAUUUGACCCAAGAUUUCUUACAAAUCUUGCUUUAGUUUUGUUUGUUGCGUGCAAUAAGGAGUAACUUUUUUGACAGAAUGCUUUAGCGAAGCUAAGUGGUUGAGGAGCUGGCCCGACCGGCCACUCUAAACUGUCGGGUACGGGCGAGAUGUUUCCUUUGGCUUACGUUCGAACAUUAUCACAGUGGGCGCGCGUGGGACGAGAAGUACAUUUGAAAUGGUCUGUUCAUUACAGCUAUGUCUGGAGACGUUCAUGUUCCACAGCCAAUUGUUACAGUUGUACUAUAAUAUUAUAAAUAGGACGAUAAUGCUAUAAUAGAUAGGACUGGGCGCCGCUCGGUCCGUACUGACUGGUUUUUACUUUAAUCACAAUACACAUGUACCUGAAUAAGUAGAAUAGCUCUAGUUACUAAGGCGUGGUUGUAACGAGCCAGUUUUCUCAUGUUUUCUCGUACCAGCUAUAGAUGACUAUAAUUUUCUGGAGAACUCUCAGAGAAGCUCUGGAAAAUGUUUUUAUUUAACAAUUUAAUCUCUCGCAGGGUCAAGCGUAGAUUUUUAAAAAAAAAAUAGUUUGAAAGCAAAUUGUUUUUAUCAAAAUUUAAAUCAAUUGUAUUUAAACAGUCUUGAAAUUCUGUUAUUGCCAGUGUUCACUGUUGGAACACAACAAAAAAUUUUAUAUGCUGAUAUAGGAAAAAAUUUACUAAAUUUUAAAGUUUAUAUUAUGUAAAGGAAAAUAAUUCAUUAGUGAGCAUUAACUGUUUGUAGAUUUCAUUGUUAUGAUGUGAUUUUUAAAUGUUUGGUAUCACAUGAUUGAUUAUAUUUUGUUAUGCUCACAGUAAUCAUGCCUUAACAUUUGGUGGUAUAUAAUUUGCACACACAUGUAAUUUUUAACAUAUAUUACAACAAAAAAAAAGAGUGUUAAAAAUUCAGUUUGAAAAAUUCACACAGAUUACUAAUAAACUAAAUUUGUUGCUAA